AUGGCUAUGGUGAUCGUGCAGAGGUCCCUGUCAGCUAAGAACCUGUCUCAUGCUAAAGGAGCAUCUAUCCUGGCGUCCUACCUCAAGAUGUUACCCUUUAUAUUCAUCAUCCUGCCAGGCAUGAUCAGCAGAGCUCUGUACCCAGACUCGGUGGGGUGUGUGGACCCUGAGGAGUGUCUGAGGGUCUGUGGAGCCGAGGUGGGCUGCUCCAACAUCGCCUUUCCCAAGCUGGUCAUCGAACUCAUGCCCAGCGGUCUGCGGGGGCUGAUGAUAGCGGUGAUGAUGGCGGCUCUGAUGUCAUCGUUGACUUCCAUCUUUAACUCCUCCUCCACGCUCUUCACCAUGGACAUCUGGAAGAAGUACCGCGCAUAUGCCUCGGAACGGGAGCUGCUAUUGGUCGGCAGGAUAGUAACAGUGAUUCUGGUGGUGAUAAGCGUGGUCUGGAUUCCAAUCCUGCAGUCGGCCAAUAGCGGACAGCUCUACGUCUACAUCCAAUCAGUGACCAGUUACCUGGCUCCACCCGUUACCGCUGUCUUCUCAUUGGCUAUCUUCUGGACCAGAACCAACGAGCAGGGAGCGUUCUGGGGGCUGAUGGUGGGCCUGGUAGUCGGUGUGUGUCGGAUGGUUCUAGAGUUUGCUUUCCCGCCUCCUCGUUGUGGUAUCCAAGACGACGCCCCGUCCGUCCUGCGCUCCGUUCACUACCUUCACUUCGCCAUCAUCCUCUGCUUCCUGUCUGCUGCCGUUGUCGUGGUGAUAUCACUGCUGACUCCGCCCCCCACUGAGGAACAG